UUAAAUUGGAGAACUUGGGAAGAGACUUUCUCAAAAUAAAUUAAUAAAAAAUAAAGAGAAAAAGAAAGAAAGGGCUGGGAUAUACCUUAGCACAAAGGCCUUGAGUUCAAUCCUAUUAAAAAAUGAAAAAAAAGUUGUUUGCUUUAUCUUUUGCAUAUUAACACCAAGAUAGUAAUAUAUCUAAAUAUUUUACAAAACACCUUCCAUGUGUAACAACUUGGAACAGUUCAUCCUGGUGUCAUACUUCAUUAAAUUGAGAUUUCUUGUGGUGUCUCUCCCCUUCUGGGGUUGGACCUGAGGACCCUGUGCAUGCUCCGCAAGCUCUUUGGCACUGAUUUCUGCAUGUCCAGCCUUCUGAUCUCACUUAUGUGCUUAAUGAUUAAUAGUCCUUUCAUAUCUCAUUGGAAACAUGGGUUUUGUGUUUUUGCUUUUAAAAAAAAAACUUUUCAUUGUCUUGUCAUUUUCAUUCCCUUUCUCCUGGGGAAAAGAGGGAGGGUAAAAUGGCUUUUUAAAUUCUCUAUUAAAAUUACUGUGACCACUGGAGUCUAGCUCAGUGGUACCAGACCUGCCUGGCAAGCACAAGGUCCUGAGUUUGAUUCCCAGUACCAAAAAUAAAUAAAUUACAAUGACCUCUAUUGUGUAAUACAAAGUGCUUAUUUUUUUCCUUAGGUUUCUCAACCACCAAAGCCUUUUGGCCUUAAUCUCAGAAGAUCAUAUCUUUAUUUUUGUUGGCCAUAUUUAUUUUAUUUCACUCCCAGUCAAGCUGCCAAUGCCUUUUCUUUAUGGAAAAGUUGACCAUGUCAAGAACCAUCAAAUAUCAAAUUCAAAGCCAUGCAAAUAAGUUGGUAGACAGGCUUGGAUGGGAGACCUGUACUCUUGAAUUAGCGGUCUUUAAAAACAUUAUGCUGUCUUUAAAAGCUAACUAUCCAGUGAGACAUUCCUCCCAGAAUGACAUGUGCCCUUUAUAUAUUCCUAGUACAUAAGUACUCGGUCACGGUUGUAACAAGGGUCCACUUAAUUUUAAAUAUUGUACACCUAAUGCUGCUAUAUUUUUGGUUCUUCCAGAGUGUACCUAUUGUAGUUAGGAAUAUGUGGUCAUUGAAUUGACAUUUAUUGAGCAUUUACUAAGUGCUGGACAUAAUACAGGCUUUUAGAAAAUCAUUACAUUUCGGCCUGACAUUAAUGGUAGGUAUUCUUUGGAUUUGGAAUCAUUUCUAAGCAUUUAACUUUAGUAUAAACGAUCCUGUGUGUGUGUGUGAACAGCAGUAACAGGAUUUGAACUCUGGCACGCUGUUAGGAAGUAGAGAUCAAAAGCUUUACCUGUAUAUUUAGGAUUUCCUUUGUCCAGGGAACCUAAGAACUGCUAUUUAAAUAUUGCCAAAUGUGGUUUUAAGCCUCCCCUAAUUUCUACAGAAAUGCCAACUAGGGUUAAUCUCGGAUAAUCUAAUCCUUUCAUUUGAUUUUUGUUUUUCUCUUUCAGGGGUCUUCAGGUCCAGAGGGACGUAAGGUGACAGAGGGCUCAGAUGUCUCAGGUCUGGGCCGUUAGAAGCAGGGCGCUUUGCGGGUGCAGUCAGCAGCCCGGGCUGCUGGGGUGGCCUGGUCACGUCCACCAAACCGUCUGCCCUCGGGGCGUGGCCGGCGCUGCAGGGCUCUUCCGGCCACGUUCAGGCUGCGCCCUGUCGCCACUCUCCAAGCGGGACCAUGACUGCGCUGGUUUGCGGGCAACGCCUCACUCGGUUUUGGCUCUGCAGGUGAGAGUUGAUGUCCAUUUCUGUGGUGUUAAUUUUGCUGAUAUAUUGGUCUGCAAUGGUCAGUAUCAGGAAAAGCCCCACCUGCCCUUCACACCUGGAAUGGAGUUUUCCGGGACCGUACUGGAGACAGGCACAGAUGUCAGCACAGUGAAAGAGGGAGAUCGAGUUAUUGGUGUGCGUCACUUUCAUGCUAUGGCUGAAGAGUGUAUCACUGACCAGAAGACUGUGUGGCAGAUUCCAGAGAAUGUCUCCCUGCAAGAAGCUGCUACCUUACCUGCCACUUAUGGCACUGCUAUUUUGGCUCUGGAGCAUGGGGCCCGUACCCAGCCUGGAGAAACUGUCUUAGUGACGGCAGCAGCUGGAGCCACAGGCCUUGCAGUGAUAGAUGUGGCAACAAAUGUUCUUCAGGCCAAGGUAAUAGCUGCCGCUGGAAGUGAUGAGAAGUGCAAGCUGGCGAUGCAGAGGGGCGCACAGUUUAGUGUGAACUAUAGUCGGGGCAGCCUGAAGGAGGCAGUGAAGCAGCUGGUGGGCAGUGAUGGGGUGAACGUGGUCAUCGACAUGGUGGGAGGAGACAUCUGCCUGGAGGCUCUCCGCAGGUCAAUGAUGCCUUCCUUCAUAUUAUGCAACGCAAAUCCACAGGAAAGAAGAUUAUAUAAGAGGAUUGAAGAGCAGUGAUAUUUCAACAUAUUUUUCAUUCAUAAGUUUGGUUGAAGUCAUCCUGCUCUUUCAUACAGAAUAAUACUUAAAGUGAUGGUGGCCUGGUAAUCUGAUGUACUUCAAAGACAUGCAGAGCCAGGCAAGGUCUAGAGAAGGACAACUCAUUUGAUCAAGAAGGUAAAGAGCCUUUUUUUUGGAUGAAGCAUGAUAAAAGAAUUAGGGCUUUUCAUUCUAGAAAGACUCAGGCUGAAAGAGAAAUAUGAUUGAAAUUUAUAAAAUAAUGAAAAACAUAGGAUAAAAAUGAACUUAUUGAAUCCCAGAGAAUAAGAACUAAGGAUAACUUUAUCUUUUUAAAGGAAUAGUUGCAGGGCCAAGUAAAAAUAGCACUUCUUCUUCUUCUUUUUUUUUUUUAACACAGGAAUAGUAAGCAUAUAGAACUUAUUACUCUCCAAGUUUACUGUGACCAAAAUCAAAUAUUACAAGAAGAAGAUUUAUAUUGUUAGAGGAUUCAUAGCAGAUUAUAAAAUGAAGCUAGACUUAUUUGGUUAAUUUUUUCUCCUCUUAGAAGGUAACAUCAUAGAGAAUGACCUUAAGCUUCCAUCAAAAUGGAAUGGCCAAAGAGAAUGACCAUUAAACAUUUUUAUCCAAAACAGGAUUCCUGAUUGCACAGGCUGGGGAGCAGAGAGCACAGAAUUUGGGCAGAGUGGGCCUAACUGCAGGUAUUAACUCCAUGACCUUAGGCUUCACUCAUUUGUUAAAAAACAAAGCUGGAUAUGGAGGCACAGCCACAUGAUUCCAGCGCUCUGGGAGACUGUGGCAGAAAGAUUGCAAAUUCAGGCCCAGUUUAGGUAAUUAGCAAAACCCUGCUCCAAAUAGACAAACAAACCAACAAACCUGGGUUCAGUCCCCAGUACUGAAAAAAAAAAGGGCAGGGGUUGGAGUUGGGGGACAGGUGAUAAUGUUAAAACCUGCCUAAUUAUUCUGAGAUACAAAUGAAGUGAUUCUGGCAGAGCUUUGUCAUUGAUAAACAGAUUAUUUUUAUGAACUUGAGGAUUUCCUCUUCAGCUCUGGUAUUUCCAGUUUUAUGCCCUCCAGGCAGGUGGACCUUCACCUUUCCCUUCCGGGCUCUGGCCUCACUAGGGAGCAGUAUUUGCUAACUCAGGAAGACAGGACUGAGAAGGAGGAAUAGGGGCUCUGGGGAAGUGGAGGGUGCAUAUAUUUCUGUCAUCACCAUUUGCCAACUCAGGAAAGAUCUGAUAAGAAAAUUAAAUGUAAAGAGACCUUUGCAAGCACCUCACUUCAGAUUUGGAUGUUCCAGUGGAAAGAUAUCACGUCCAAGACUGGAGAGUUUUGGUUUUGAGGUGACUUUGAGGUUCUUAGAGUUCUUAGAAACUCUAAAAAUGGCUAGAUUGGAGCUAGAUUGGGCUACCUGGAGCCCCGUGUAGGUUUGUGCCUGUCUUAACUCAGACCAGUGGGGAUCUCUUUUCUUCUGUGCUGCCUUUGAUAUGACACAGUGGGAGACUUUGCAGGAACCGCUCACUUCCAGGUGCUGGGAGGCAUGUUUGUAAGAGCUGAGAUUCCUUCCCUCAUUCCUGGUGUCUUUGUGUUGAUUGUGAAAACUGCACAGAAGUUUGCUGAUUUGCCUCAAAAACCACGAAGUAGCCCUCAGAAUAUUUCUUUCUCAAGAAAAAUAGCAUGUUCCAUUGGUGCUGUGUUCAGCCCAUCCAAGGUGAUUACUUAAAAGAUUCCCUUUCCUUGCUUUUUGUUCUGAGGAUUACAGACAGAAGUCAGUUGUGAAUGCCAAAAGAGGUUUUCUGAGUUCCUUUCCCCUCCUUCUCUGAAGAAAGCAUCCAGCCCAAAACCUUUCUAUGAACCAGUGGAACUGUGCUGAGCUUCUCCUUCCCGCCUGAUAGAACUGUGCGGGACUGGCGGUGGCUGAAAAGAUAAGAAGUAUGAAAUAUAAAUGACCUUUAUUUUGAGAAUGCGGGGAGAGACACCCCUGAUCCCCUGGCGCUCAGCAUCUCCCCCCAGGGUCAGCGAUCUCUCUGUGGAACACGUGGAGUGGAGGCAUAUAAGUAGCCUAGGUUUGGGGUGGAACCUAAGGGGCAUUAGUGAUGCACAGGUAGCCCAUUGGUAUUCUUUUGGUGCCAUAGGCAAAUUCCUAGGGGUGGGGGAGAUGGAGCUCCUUGGUUCCGCCUGAGGCUUUACCAGCUACAGUGUCCUGUCUGGCCAAAACUCUUUCACUGCCUUCUCUCCCUGCUCUGGUCUCAGGUGGAGUUUCUGAUGUGGAUUCCAGGCCGUGUUCCCAGUUCUAAUGGAGUCAGGAACCUCUGUGACUCCCUAGGGACCCCUCCUUGCAGCUCCCAUGUCAGGGUCAAUUAUCAGGUCCUGCUCUUUGAGCUUAUACCAUUUCUGAUUUAUUUAUUGAUUUAAUUUUAAUCCUCUCCUUUAAAGACCUUCUUUUAUAAGUUAAAAAUAACCACAAGGAGACCUUGUGAUCCUCUUCUCACUGACCCAGAUAGUUUAAGAACAGAUAUUCUAAGAGCCCGUCAGCAGUUUCUCAUCUGGGGACGUUGGCUGGCUCUCAGGAGCCAACCAACUAAAUGUUAUAAUAAAAUAUUAAUCCUAUUUCCCACACAUAAGAGAUACUUUUUUGUUUGCGCUGACUUUUCCAGACCUUACUCAUCCUUUCAUGAGCUGUAGAGAAAGCCUGGGACUUGGGGAUUAAAGAGUUGUGUUCGGUUUCUGUUUUACCUGUAACCCUUCGUAAAACAGGGAUGCUGGGAAUAUUGAGGAGUAAGAGUUGAGGGAUUAGGUUUGCAGCCAUCCUGGUGACUGGAGCCCAAGGAAUGGGCCAGAAAGAAAUACUUGUCAGACUUGAGCAAGUCCAGUUUGUAUAAGCUUUGAGUAAUUAAUCUCUCCCAUUUUUGAAUUUUUAUGUUAUUGAGUUUAUCUACACUAUAUAACUUAGUAACUAAUAAUAAACAGUCUAUUUUGUAGCUCUAGGUUUGUUUUUGUUUUUACCAUCCCCACCUGGUAGAUACAUUUUUGCAGGAUAGUGUUGUGCAUUUUAUUUUUCUUGUGUCAAUGCUGCAAUAUUAGGCGCUUAAUCAUAAUUGAUUGGCAGAAUGCAUUAUCCAUUUAACUAAAUUUGGGAUUUAUAGUACAACACAGGUCAUUGUCUCUGUCUUUAUCUGUCCAUUUUCACUCCUUUCUGCUAAUGGCGAGAUAGCAGGAAAUCUUUUAGGCUUUCAUUAUCUUGUCAAUUUGUGGCUGCUCAUCAAAUAUAUGCAAUAUGUAUAUUGAAAGAUACUGCUGACCUUCCCUGAGAGGAAAGUUUGUUUGAAUUGUUUGGAUGAUAUAAGGUUGGGUUUUUCCUGAAUCAGCUUUGUUCUCUCCCUCAGGAAGGUUUGGCAGGUAUACACCUGGUCAGACCACUAUUUCUUCUGCUUGGACUAGGAGGUCUAUUAAGAAAACCAUUAUUUGCCUUCUUCUGGUUGAGGUGGCAAGUUCUGGGUGAAUUUCAUAGUGGCCCAAACAGCCUGUGUUCUUUAUGUAAGAAUAUUAAACCUGAUGGCACGUCACUUGCAUGAACUGUCCCUUGUGGGUUGAGCUGUGUCUCCUAAAAGAUUUGUUGAAAUCCUGGCCCUUGUACCUAUCAAUAUGCCCUUAUUUGGGCAUAGGAUCUUUGCAGAUGUAAUGAAGUUAAGAUUGACUCAUACUGACUUAGAGUGGGACCCUAAAUCCAAAGUCUGGUGUCUUGAUAGGAGAGAGAGAUUUGAGCACCCACAGAAGAUGGCCAUGUGAAGGCAGAGACAGCAGUUAGAGCAAUGUAGCUUCACAUCAAAGGAUACAAAGCUUGUUGGGGCCUGCCAGAAAGGAUCCUUCUCCAGAAGAUCAGAGCCCUACUGACACCAAAUUUGAAUUUCUGGCCUCUAGAACUAUGGAAGAACAAAUUUUUAUGGUUUUAAAGCGCUAAGUUUGUGGUAACUUGUUAUGACAGCCGCAGGAAACUACUGCACUGGCUAAGAGCUUAAAUAAAAUAUAGUCAUGCUAUAUUUGUUGUUUUACAUAAAAAUGCUUCAGUCAUAAAUAUCACACUGAUCUCAUAAGAUUAUAAUGGACCUAAAAGAUUCCUGUUGCCCAGGGACUCAGUAGCCAUUGUAACAUGAUUGUAGCACAAAUGUUAUUGAUGUGUUUAUGAUGACACUGAUUGAAUUUAUUGUGCUACCAGUGCACAAAAGUAUAGCUUGUACAAUCCCAUACAGUAAGUGCUUGAUAAUAGUGAUGUGCGAUGGUGUUACUGGUUCAUUAGGCACAUGCUAUACUUUUUAUUGUUAUUUUGCAGGAUACUCCUUGUACUUAUGAAAACAGGUUGGCUAAGUGUGCCAUGCUGUACGGACAGCAGCCUCAUACAUUUUGGGCUUACCACCUCUUUUGAGGCCAUGUUGAAUGAGUGACUUAUAACGUCUAGGUUUGUGUAAAUGCAGAGCCAGUCUUUGUCAUCAGUGAAAUAUGACUCUACAAAGGGAGGCUCUGGUUAGAAUUGAUUACUGACUUGCCCUGAAGUGCCCUCAUACUAACCCUAGCAUACGGUUAUCUAAAUAUUAAUUCCUUCUCUCUUACACACCUAGACAAUAGCUCCUUAAUUUCAUCCCUGAUUCUUCUGAUUCCCAAAUCCUUCCUUUGUAUUUUCAAAUGUUGAAAACUAUUGCUUUAUAAGCUUGUUGCCCACAAGUGACUCUUGUCUGAGUGAACCCUAGAUCUUUCCUGGGGACAGAGAGGACCCUUCUUAACUGAGCUGGGGCCUGAUGGUGGGAUAGGUGUCCUCUCUGCUCCUCACGGCCACUCCUAGAGAUUAUUAUUCCUUCUUAACUCUAUGCUUCUUGUGUCUCCCACUCCAGACCCAUCCUUGAGGCACAGGCCAUCAGAAAACCCACACACCUGCCAUUCUGCAGUCAUCUAUAUCUGCAGUUAUUCCUCCUUCCCAGUGAAGCUCUCCUGGCCCACUGGUACUCUUCACCAUCACUCCUGGCCUGACUUGGUGAUCGCAUGGCCCAGCCUUCUUUCAUAAUCCUAGUUGCAGUGUGAGUUCUCUGGGACUAGGGCCGGGGAUAUAGCUCAGUGGUAGAGCGUUUGCUUAUCAUACUUGAUCUUCAAGAGAAAAUUAUUUGGGGCAACUCUUCUCUCUACCUCCCCCUGUUCCCAAGCAACUGAGCCUGGAUGUUUGUGAAGCUAUAUAUAUAUAUAUAUAUAUUUUUUUUUUUUUUUUAAGAGCUCCCGGAUCAUUCUACCGUGUGGCCAAAUUUGAGAACCAGUGGUAUAGAUGAUCUAGUUAUUUGGCCUCUUGGAUCCUUAAGUUUCUUAGUGCUAAUAACCCCUUUUCCCAUCUCCCAUCUUCUCCUACUGUCUUUUUCUGGGUGAUGGCCAUUACUUAUACAGUGAAUUUUGGUUCAGCGAAGUCACAGUUAAUGUCUCUAAUCUGAUGAUCUUGAAGGGAUGUACCUAUGCCACCCAAAAGAUAGGUAUUUGGGGGCUUAUCACUCAUUGCAUUUCCUACCUUUUAUUCAAGAGUUUAGUGAUGUGCAGACCACUCUAGCAACUUCCUCAAUUUACCCAACCUGUCUGAAUCAGAGAAAAUGCAGGCUUUUGAAUAUAUGGAUGUAUGUUUGUUGCACAUUUUCCAAAUGUCUCCCUUUUUAAACUAGGGGAAAUAUAUGGAAGUGAAAUUAUAAUGUCCUAGGAUAAAGGUCACAGAUUCUCCAUAAACUAAGGCCCAGUAUUGUUUGUAAUAACCUGAAUAGUGGUACCUGUUCUAAGAACAUGUACAAUACUCAUGGAUAAUGUGCUCCUCUGCUUUAAAUUCUCUUACUAUUCCUUUUAUCAUUGACCUCUUAUCUCAUCCCUCUUCCUAAAAUUACUUUUGAUUUGUCUCUUGACUUUUCAUGGCAUUUAUUGUGGACCUGAUACACUGGGCAUUUAUUUAUAUUCCAUUGUUAUGAAUUUCUAUUUGCAUCCUUCAUUUCAUCUAGUUGGGUAAUUAUUAACAAGAUAAAGGAUAGUUAACUACUUGCAAGAGAGGAUGGCUAACGUAGACCAUAUUUAACUAUUCUUUGCAUAAAUUUAAGGAAGUACUUACAUUUAUUAGAAUAUGCUUUACGUAAUUAUGGUAAUUUGGGUUGAGCAAGAUCUGAUAUUAUUCAUAAUGUUGUGGAUUUCUGAGAUCCAGAAAGCCCCAAAUUGUACUAUGUGGCCCCAGGCAAUUAUUUCUCUUCUUUGAAUCAUCAAUUAUUUUUGUAUAAAAUGAUGUGAUGAAUCAGAGAUCAAUGCAAUGGUAUGAAUAUUUAUGUCCCUCUAAUUUUUAUUUUGAAAUCCUGACAGCUAGGUGAUGACAGCAGGAAAUAGGAACGUUUGGGAAGUCAGCAGGUCAUGAAGAUGAAGUCGUCAUGAAUGAGAUUGUGCCCUUAUAAAGAUGCUGGCAGGAGCUAUCUUGCCCCUUCUACAACAUGAGGAUUCAGUGAAAAGACAACCACCUAUAACGGAAGUGGCCCUCACAGCGCACCAGAUCUUCCAGGGCCACACUCUUGCACUACACAGUCUCCAGAAGUGUGAGAAAUGAGUUUCUGUUGUUUGUAAAUCAGCCAGUUCAGGCUUGUUUUGCCAGCUUAGGCUACUUUGUUUUGUUAGAGUAAGCCAGACAGACUAAGGAUAAAAUCCUUUUGGGAAAAAGAAGUUAGGAUUCUACUUCCUAUUAUAUUUGUAGCUGAAACUAAAAGAACUUUCCUUUUUAAAAAGUUUUGUUUUUUGGUAUUAAACUUGGGAUCUUGUGCUUGCCAGGCUGUGCCACUGAACUGUAUUCCUGGCUACUAAAAAGUUAUUUUAGAACAAUUCUAUAGUUUAGAAAAUCUACUGAAAUCAGUCUUUUUCCCCUAUUUAAGUUUGAAAUUGAGAGCUCCCUUUAUUCUAGCUAAGACAAACAUGUACAAUAUGUAACUUCUGAUUCAUGCAUAUCUCUACUUGAUACAUAGCCAUUAUGAUGAAUGAAAAUCAUGACUUUCCUAAACUUAUCUAAUGAAAAUCUUCUGUUAUUCACACAAUUAAGAUAAUUUAAUGUAUAAAUAUAUUCAUAUACUUUCCUUAAUUUUAAUUAAAAAAUGUAGCGAGGAAAUUCAUAGUGAUGACUCCCUUAUUUUAAAUAUGUAAAAUGAGUUAGCUAUUUAGUCAUUAGAUAAUAAAAGUUUUAUUUUCCAAUUUCUGGCUCAAUUGUUAAAAUAGAGGAAUUGGCUGGUCAAUUCUAAACCCCGGAUCUCGGUCAGCAUUUUCUUAAAUGAUUUCUGAGCCAGCCCUGGCAGUACUGUGGAGGCAGGCUAAGUGCUGUCUGUCAGCAGCAGCUCUGUGUGGACCUGCGCUCGGGGUCCCUCACGCUGUAGUGCAUGUCAUGAAAACAUGGCGACCUACCUCCAGCCACAAUCCUGAAGGAGGGGCAGGUGAUGCGGGGGAUCUGGGCUAGGUGAAUGCUUUAUAUUCUCUUUGGCAUGGCUUGUCUGUUCCAGAUAAGCAGAAGAACAUCUUCAGAAUCUUGAGUUUGUUUUGAACUGAGAGGAAACAACUGACAUCUAAUUAAGAUUCAGGAGGGCGAUCAGAAGUAAGAAUUCAGGCAAGUUACCACUUGCAAUAGCUUUUACACAACAACAACAACAACAACAACAAACACCUUCAUGGCUGCUUCUGAUUGCCCGAAUCAGUUUUUUCUGAAGAAAUUGAAAUACACUCAAAUAUACAGAGAGUAAAGUAAAAGUCAUCUUAAUCCCUCUUACUUUAAGAUAGCAAAUUAACAUUCUGUGUACUUAUGCAUACAUUUCUUUCAACAUACAUACCACUCAUGAUGUGCCAAUUCUAUAGGAACAGGAAAAGCCUUUAAAAGAUGUUACUUCCAUCUUUACCAAUACUUCCUUUAAUGGUUUCCCUUUUUAAAAAAGUAUUAUUGACUUCCAGGAGUGUAUCUUUUAUUACUUUCAUCUAUACUCAUACAUAAUUUUUUUUUGUCUUUUUCAUUUUUUAUCGGUACCAGGGAUCGAACGCAUGACCGUCUGCUUGCAAGGCAGGUGCUUAUGCCGCUGAGCUAAAUCCCCAGCCCCCUCAUACAUAAUUUUUACAUAUAAUUAUGUACAUAUAUUAUGGCAUAUGAGUUAGUGUGAUUUUUUUAUCCAUUGAUGAGAUAGAAUAUUCUGUAAGUCAGGAUAUAACUCUAGUUUAUUGUUUGUUAUUAGUUCAAUGUUUAACAACACAAAUAUCUCACAAUUUAGUCAACUAUUUCUCUAUUCAUGAACAAAAUAUUUUUCGGUUUUUGUCAUCCUAAACUCAAAUAUUUUUAGUGAACUAACAUCCAUAAUGCUGAGUCCCUAAGUCACAUGUUUUUAAUUUUUGAUCCUGAUUUUUUUUCCCAGUUAACCUACUACCAUGAUUGUUUAGUAAGCCAAUACAAUGUAUUUCUGUUCUCCUUGGAAUUCUCAGUUAGAAACAAAAAGGUGUAUGUGUAACUUCUUUUUGUAAUUUCAAGUAGUGUCCUUUUUAAAGCAGACCUUCUCAAUAUGGUGGUCAGAUCAUGUUUCCAGCCUUUGGAGUUACACACUAAAUCAUUCCGUUGGGAAACUGUUGCUGAAACAGACAGGUUCUGUGUGGCUGACGUGGCAUCACAUUUUACAGUGUCUGCCAGAUGUGAGUAACAGCAGGCUGUCUUGGUGGGAUGUAGCAGAAGCAGCAACAGUAACUUCUGAUUUAGGGGCAAAAGGUGUAAGUACUUAUUUUCACCAUUAACCAAUUAACCCAAAACAAAUUCAAACUCAAGAAUGCUAAGAAGGAAUACAAUUCCCACUAGAGAUCUUUCUAGCUGAUUCGUUUGUGAAGCAUUUGGUAUUAACUAGAAGAAAAAGGCAUUAAGCCAGCAUACAGUUUCAGGAAAAUGAAGAACUUCUAGGGUCUUGUUUGAAAAGAUAAAACUAAAUUCAACUCUGGCUAAUGCUACUUUCAAAUCCUAACUCUGUGGCAUGCCUGCAUACCCUGGUGAGGGCUGUCCCCUGUGGGCUGGAAUGCAUGGCUAACGUGCAUAUGAUUUCAACUGACACAAAAAUUCAGGCAGGUUUGAUUACGGUUAGAUGAAAGGAGGCUUAGCAAUUAUGGUGUUCAGAGGAAGAGAGCCUGUUAAAUAUUUUAAGGAGAAUGCAAGCUGGUUAAAGUUGAUUUAGCAGCGAUGUGGAAACUUCUGUUCUCAAGCUCUAUAGUUGAGUAGAGGUAUGGUGCUUGCCAGCUCUGUGACAGAUGAAGCCCUGGCACAGAUCCCUUUAGCAAGAGGUGGCUGUGUGACUGCUGUUCCCAAAGGCCUCCAUUUGGGAAGUCAUAUCCAGAAUUCCUGGUAUUUUCAGAGUUCAUAAACCAUGUGUUUUUGUGUUGGUAAUGAUUUUUCUUUUUGUUGAGAUUCUUUACGCUGAUCUUUAGGUCUGCACAAAACCUCACAAAUAAUCAUUAGUGUUCUAUCCUGAGCGUAGUGAAAUUAUUGACCAGCAAAUAUUGUUGAUUGUUGCCUCUAUACUGGGGAUACCUACAUGAGCAAGAUGGACGAUGUUGAUGGCCCUGUGGAGUUUUCAACACAGCAGGAAAAACAGAUGUUAUGAGAGGAGGCAUGAACAUGAGGCUUGGAGACUGGAGACCUGGGUUUGGGUUCUGGCUCUGAUCCCAAUGAACCAUAUGGCACUCUGAGCUUCAACUUAUGUGCUAUGAAAUGAGUGCUUUGGGAUGGAUAAGCACUUCAGUAAUUGAUUCCUCACCUUGUGUGAGUUUUCCUCUUGCUCUAUAGCUUCUCUACUGGGCAUUGGAUUUUUUCCACAUCCAUUUUGCGGGUGAAUCUCACCUGUCACCAAGGAGGCCCCAUGGGACCAUGAUAUUCUGUAACAGAAAUUAAAAGGAUCCUUGUAGGUGGGCCCCUUUACAAUAUGACUUUUGUAGGAGGAAGGUUGCUUCCAAGAAAGAUGUCUUAAAGGUAGUGAUUCUAUAUCAAUGCAUCUUAAGUAUUUGGAAUUCUGUUUUUCAAAUGGUUAGUGAUCACAACAAGUAUCUUUGCUGCUGCUAACCUUUGAAAACUAAAGACAUAAAAGCCUGACACUAAGAAAACAAAGUUGUUUAAAAUAGAUGUGACCUACAGGCUUAUGUUCAAAAGAAAUCUGAGUCAAAAAAAUAAGGCAUGUUGUUUCAAAUAGAAUAGAGAAUACCCACCAUUAGUGACUGUGUGGUGCACCUUAACUUCCUGGAACUUAUCACCUUUUCUCAGUUAUUUUUGACUUUGAAAACUGUGGGAGUCUCACAGCAUGUUUUAAUGGCAAAAUAGAUAUAGUAGACUUAACGUAAUUAUUGUGUGUAUUUUUCUCUCAUCAACCUUAGCUCACUUUCAAAAUUAACUAUACAGGUAUUCGUAUAUCAUUUGCUACUCCCUUCCUACUCAAAGGCAGAAAUGUUCUUCCUGACCCGGGAUGUAGCCCCUCUUUCUUUUCUGGUACUGAGGGUUGAACUGAGGACCUUUCCACUGAGCUAUGUCUCAUGCAUUUUCCAUUUUUUAAAAAAACUAUGAGACAGGAUCUUGCUAAGUUGAUGUGUUCCUCAAAUUUGCAAUUCUUCUGCCUCAGCCUUCCAAGUGCUGGGAUUAUAGGUGUACACCAUCAACCUGAUUCAGGUCCGUUCUCUUCGAUCAUUUAUCCCUAUAGCCUCCUUAGAGAACACCACACUCAUCACUGAGUUCUUUUAUUCAUUCUUCAUUUUUAAAAAAAAUUUUAUUUUGAAAGUAUACAACAGAACAAGACAGAAUAAAGCCAACUAAGAUUGUACAGUGAAAUUGGUACAGCAGGUUACCGGGAUAACAAAAAUAGGUAUCACAGUAUAUUGUGUUAUCUUUAUAAUAGUUGUUCUUUCAAUCAUGUAUAUCAAAAUGAGCUGAAAUAUAGAACACUUUAGAACUUAUUAAAACAGAAUAUUAAGUAGAGCAGUACCAUUAAUCAGAAAAGAGCAAAACAGUAAUAAAAAUAUUUGCUUUCAAAGAGAUGGUAGAAGGAAGUCUCCCUUAUUUGCUAUGUCAACCUCCCAGGAGACACUCAGAUUUCUGGUUCCCAUUUGCUAAUGGGUGGUGGGGUGGGGGGAGAAGGGGGAUAGCAGAAUGGGAUAUUUGGUUCUAGGCCAUGCAACAGGAUCAGUAGGUUCACUAUUGCUUAGCAAGGAGGCAGGCUGGUUGUUUGGUUUCACAGCAUCCUAAGUUCCAACAUGGCGUGGAUCUCAGGAGCUGCUGCUGGUUCUCCCCCUGGAAGGGCUGCAUUUUGCCAGACCACCACCGCUUAAAGCCUCUUCUUCAUAUCGAUUUUGCAUCUUAAGUAAAAAUAUCAACUGUUUUCUAUUUUAUACCAAUCAGCAAUCCAGCCAAUGAAUAAACACAAUUUCUCCUUACUGUCCUCUUCUUUUCCCACCCUUCCUCCAACCCUAUGGCAUUCACAGACACUUUCAAUUCUGACAUGACUUGAUCUUUCCUUGUAUCUAUCUUUUUAUCCUUGCUUCUUUUUCUUGACACUCUGUGAUUAUCUUACUGCAGUUCUGGCUCUGCCGUCUCAGUCUUCACUGACUUCUCUUUCUCCUCUUUUACUUUCAACUGUUCCUUUCUUGUUUUGGAUCCUGUGCUCAUCCCUGAAAAUCUCACUCAUAGCCCUGAUUUUAAUUAGGAAGUGUAUGCUGAUAAUGCCUACAUCAAAGCACAUACAAAUCUUCAGGAAAGAAGCCAGGGAUAAACAGAUGAGCACUACCCACUACAAAUGAGUGUUACCUUAAUCUUCUCUUGGUGAUCCUGACUCCUAGCCACCGCCUCAGACAUCUCCAGCACAUUGUCUUGUAGGAUCUCCAAUGAAUGGAUCUUUCUGCAUAAAAUCUGCUUCUCCCAGUAAAAUGAAUUUCAGUCUUGAUCAGGGCCAUCAUCAUUUAUAGUCACCAGCCUAACCAUGUAAAUCCAACUAACCUGUCCAUCCUAUUUAUUAAGUGUCUUUGCCAUCUUUUGAAUCUGACAGCCACAACCUGCUCAUCCAGUACCUUAGGUAAAGUGGACAGUGGUAUCUCUUUCCUAAGACAGCCUGCCUCUACCCUGGCACUACAAAAGCCUUCUCUGUGUUGUUAAUCGUGCAGUUUUUCUGUAAUGCCACUUGAUGAUGUUAUUUACCUCCUUUGAAUCUCUCAGAAGCCCCUCAUAGUCUUUGACAAGCAUCUGAAGCCUCCACAUUGCAAGCCCAGCUUGGCUGUCUGACUUUUUCCACAUCAUUGAAUGAGCACUACUUUCUAGCCUGACUUAGUAUGGUGCAUCACAAGAACCCAGCCAGCUGAACCUCCCCUCUAUACUUGGGGAUUUCCAGUUCCUUUUCUGGGGCUCUCUUUCCUUCCUGAAUAGCCCAAUUAAAUUUUAAUUAUCCAAGAGUGUUCAAGGAGUGCUUUCUUCCCCAAGAAGCUAAGCUGGCACAUAUAAUAAUCUGUGUAAUCUCUACCCUGACGCUCACCACACUUAAUUAAAGACAUUAGCUUAUUUUAUUUGCCUCUUUAGUUGAAGAUGAAAACUUAUGAAAUGUCAUUAUAUUUUUUAUUUCUGUAUUCCUAAUGCCUACGGCAGGCACAUAAUGGCUAAUUAAUAAACUAUUAUUGAGUGAGUAAAUGGAGAAACAGCCACCUGCAGCUCUAGGGUGACAUUCUGUUUUCUCGGCCAACUCCAUGGGAAGCAUUUUUCUUCCUCUGUAGUUCAAGCAUGAGUUGCUUGUUAGACAUGUCUCUGGACUGCUGAAUUAAUUGCUGUGGUCAGUGGAAUGCAAGACUUACUAAACAAGUCUGAAUUUUGUGCCUAUUCUUAGAGCAAGGGACAGGUUGGUUCCUCACAUUAUGCACAGGUUGAGAUGGGACAGGAGAGUUCGCCAAAGGAAAAUUUAUUGCCAGAAGCUUGUGGUUGGAUGCUGGAUGGGCAGGAGUUGCAGACACUCAUUACAUGUGUGUACAAGCAGCCUAGGUACGGUGGGGAGCUGGGUACCUACACCUCUCUCUGUGGCUGGGCAAGGCUGCUAGGAUAAUCUCUUCAACUGAGUUCUCAACUCUGCUCUUUGUGUUCCAGGCUCAAACCGCUGCGUUUAGAACCUGCUGCGUUCAGAACCGCUGAUGAGGCUGUGUGUGCAGCAGGCCUUCCUUCACUUUUGGUCUGUUCUGUGCCCAGUAUUCUGUCCCACGGCACAUUCUGUCUCACUCUCUUUCCCCUCCUAUCUAGGACUGUCUUUUGACACUGCUUAUGUGCUGUGAAGCCUUGUCUGACCAGGAUUGACAUCCGAGAGAUACAUUUCAUCUGCUUUCUCUUAUCAUCCUCUAUGGGUACAUACCGUUAGAAUUACCUGUUACCUGUGUUUUCUUAGGCAGUAAACUCAUAGAAGAUAAGGAACACAUUCACUUUGUUCAUUUUGCGUGACUUUAACUUAACACUUAAAAUGGUGCUUAGCACAUGGCAGCCACUUAAUAAACAAUGAUUAAAAUACUCAUUUUUCUUA